AUGCACCUCGUAAUCUUCGGCGGCGGCGGCAAGGUCGCGCGACACGUCGCCCGUCUCCGCGGCUCAAACCAAGUCACCUCGGUUGUGCGCAACGACACGCACAUCGACGACCUGCGCGCGCUCGGAGCGACUCCAGCCGUUCUGUCCCUCGAAGCGAGCAGUGCUGAAGACAUACGCUAUCUACUUGCGGAGCGGUAUGCGGACGCCGUUCUCUUCGCUGCCGGCGCGGGCGGAAAGGAAGGCAUUGAGCGUACCCGUAAAGUCGACUAUGAAGGCGCAUUAAAGGUAUUCGAAGGGUGCAAGCUUGCCGGUGUGAAGCGCUUCAUCAUGAUUUCGGCCGUCGACGUACGUGACAGAUCCAAGCCGGCGCCGGGGCACUAUACUGCCGAGAGUCACAGUAUGAGCAAGCGAAUGUGGGGGGCGAUUGGGACGUACAUGCAGGCAAAGUACGACGCCGACAAGGCGUUACAUGCCACCGAGCUCGAGUAUACCAUCCUCCGGCCCGGUGGACUGACGGACGAGCCGGCGGGCGGUGCCGAGGUCGGCGUGACCCAGCUCAAGACGACGAGCCGCGAGCUGGUCGCCAAGGCGUGCUGGGACGUUUUAGCGCAGCCGGGGAGUGCCGGGCUCACCCUGGACAUUAUGGAUGGUGAUGGCGAUCUCAGUGCUGAGAUUGCCAAGUGUGUAGAGAAUCGCACGGAUGCGUGGACUGGCUAG